AUGAUUGAUGACCUAAAUAAUCCUACGAACCAAUUGAUUCACUCCAUUUCCUCAUGGCAUCAGUUGAAGAAAGUAAUAGCCGUAUUUCUUUGCACAAAGAAGAUUCUACGAGACAGGAUACAAGCUCGUUCAAGUGUAAACAACGAAAACUUCAUCGCAAACAGUCACUCCAACCCCCUCUCUGCUGAAGACCUAGCCCAAGCUGAGAUCGCCAUCGUAAAGUUCAUUCAGUUAACUAUGUUUCCCAAAGAGAUAAUGUGUCUCAGCAACAUCAAGCUCGAAGACUCUGCAGACUACCGGAAGUUUCAGAAAAGCAAAAAAUUGACUAUCAAGAAAGUCAGCUCGAUCCAUCGUCUCGAUCCAUACCUUAAAGACGGAAUCCUUAGAGUUGGAGGCCGACUUAAUCGUGCAGAGCUGUCGCCAGAAACUGCCCAUCCAAUCAUCUUACCUUACAAGAAUCAUGUAACAAUCCUCAUCAUUCGUCAUCUACACCGACAGUUAGGUCAUGUUGGACGAAAUCAUGUUAUCGCAGCUAUUCGCGAAAAGUAUUGGGUGAUAAAGGUUAACGCCGCA